UUCCGGCGGGGCGGGGCCGCGCAGGCGCGGGCGGCGGCCAUGGCGACCUUCUUCGGGGAGGUGGUGGUGGCCCCGUCCCGCGCCGGCCUGGACGAGGAGGAGGAGGCGCGGGAGGAGACGCCCGAGGACCGGGAGAUCCGCAGGGAGAUCGAGAAGAAGAGGGAGGUCGAUGUCCUGUGGACCUGGAAGUCGCGCGGCUGUGCCGAGGAGCCCUUGGUGUGCUCCAGGUUCCUUGUGGCCAUAGGAAGGAACGCUGCGGCUUUCCUGUCGUCUUUCAUCCUGGAUUCUGUGUGCUGGGAAGUGGUUGGAGUUGUGAAGCUGUGGAAUGAGUGGUGCAGGACAUCCAGCACCACAAACGUCCUCCCCACAGACUCUUUCUGUUUGUUCUACAGAUUAAUAUCAGAUCCCACAGUUUUAUUGUGCCAGUGUAGUUGCUACGUUGCUGAGGAUCAGCAGUUCCAGUGGCUUGAGAAGGUUUUUGGCUCCAUGCAGAAGAAAGGCUUGCAAGUAACCAUCCUUUCCACAUGUCCUGUAGCUGAUUAUAAAACUCAGGAAUCCACUCUAACACUUGCAUCUCCAUUCCUGAAAGCCUUGAAGACCAAAGAAUUCCAAGACCAGGUCUGCUGCCCGCUGCUGGAGCAGCCCAACAUUGUGAGGGAUCUUCCUGCUGCUGUCCUGAGUUACUGUCAGGUGUGGCAGAUCCCUGCAGUGCUGUAUCAGUGUUACACUGAUGUCAUCAAGCUGGACACGAUUACCAUUGAAGCCUUCAAGCCUCUGCUUUCUUCUGAACUCCUGAAGAGUUUAGCCAAGGAUGCCUCUGAGAGCACAAAGGUUUUGAAGAAGUUCCUGACAAGCAGUGAAACUCACAAUAAUAUCUACAUCUGACAAGGACAUUUAUGCUGCACUUUUGUAGACUCCAGUUUAUUCUCUAGAGGACUUCUGGGAACUUUUUUUUUUUGUCCCUUAAAAGUAGAAUAAAUUCCAGGAGAUUCUUACUUUUCCACUCAUUUUUGUUGCUUUUAACUUCAUCACUGUAAACACCCUCCUGCAUGGCUUGGGAGACUUUCUUCCAGAGUGAUUUUAGGAAAGACAUCUUGGGCAUGAAAAGCAACUCCUUUUUCUCCUCCUGAAGGGAUUGUCUUACCUGAAAGUAUUCCUUUUAUAUGUAAAAGAGGAAAUGUAGUUAAGGAAUUCUGUCUGUAUCUAACAAGAACUCUCCUUUUUUACUUUAUUUUGAGACCUGAAGGUUUUUCUAAUAUUUGAUGCUCUUCAAAGAUUUGUCUGUGAUGGAGAAAAUACACUCUGUCCUUUUACAUCCACAAAUACAGAGAAUUUUGUUUGCAUUUA